AUGUCUUUCACAGAAGUAUUUACAUUUUAUAUUUUAAAUGUGAAAAGUUCAAUUAACCAAUCAGAAUGCUUGGAUGACGAGAAAUGUGAAAAGCUGAGAAACCACUUACGUAAUUCAUUGUACUUGAUGAUGGAAGGUGAUUGUCGUGAAGACGUGAAUAAAGAAACUGAUACGGAUCACAAUCGUAUAAUACCGUUAAUAUUAGACGGAAAAUUUUUCAAAAUCGUAGCACGUGACAAAGAAAACGUACAAGCGGAAUGCACUAAGUGUAAACGCGAAAUAAAAGGACAAGUGAAUGCAACUACGAACUUUUUAAAUCACCUGAAGAUUGACGGUAACGAACAGCAAGCUUCGACAUCAAAGAAGCAGGCGCAGUCUACAUUAAAACAUGCGUUUUCUCGUAGCGGCCAACAAUCGGCAGAUGCACUCAUUACAUCAUUCGUUGUCGAAACAAUGUCACCGCUUUGUAUUGUCGAACACCCGGCAUUCAAGAAAUUGAUUCAUGGAAUUAAUAAUCUUCAAAUCCCAAUCGGCAUACUGACGAGAAAAACUCUACGGACAAAGAUUGAUGCCAUGUAUUCGCAAAUGCUAACAUAUUUACUACAGCAAUUACAACCGACUGAACAUGUUUGCACAACAGCAGACAUAUGGUCAUCAUCGAAGAGAAGUUUCCUGGGAGUUACGGUGAACUGGAUUAAUAAGGAUCUACAGAGAGAAAGUGCGGCUUUGGCUUGUAGAAGGUUCAAGGGAGGUCAUACGUAUGAAAAAAUUGCUGAACUUAUUCACGAAAUCCACAGUGAAUUUAAGCUUAGCUCGACGAAAGUUUUAAAAACGACAACCGACAAUGCUUCAAAUAUGGUAAAAGCUUUUAUCACAUUUAGUCAGCCCCAAGGCUCGAUCGACGCGACUGAUCUUGAUGACGACGACGUCGACGAUGAUGAUGAGGUCACAGUAACAGGAAUUUUGGAUAACGAAUCUACUUCUGAUGCACUCUUACCAGAACAUCAACGCUGUGCGAGUCAUACGCUUAAUCUCGUAGCUUCCGUCGAUAUUAAAGCCGCAUUAAAAGAGCCGCCUGUCAACAGUGGAGUCAGUUACAAUCGAUCGCAUCAUUCUGCAUUUGGUAAAUGUUCCGCCAUAUGGAAUUUGACAUCAAGGUCUCCCAAAGCUGCAGAGACAUACGUGGGUAUCACAGGAGAAGCGUCGAGUUUCCCGUGCCCAACUCGUUGGAAUUCGACUUAUGACUGUCUACUUGACCUGCUAAAAGUCAAACAAGCUCUUAGUGACGUUUGCUGUGCAUUGGAGCUCCCCAAAUUCAAAGAAACCGACCUAGAAUUUUUGGAGGAAUAUAUCAAGUGUGUUCGGCCAAUUGCUGAAGCAUUGGAUAGACUCCAAGGUGACAAAAACUGCUAUUAUGGCGAGCUGCUCCCAAUUUCGGUACAAAUGAGAAAAACUCUGCAGAAGUUGAGACUACGCCAUCUGAAAUACUGCCCGCAAUUGGUAACGGUACUUUUGGGAGGCCUCGAAAAGAGGUUUUGUGAAUAUUAUACCUUCUCACCUCAAACUAAUGAUGCGAUCUUAGCAUCCAUCAGUCAUCCAUUCUUCAAGUUACGAUGGGUGGCUAAAGAAAGAAGAAACCAUGUCAAGGAACUUUUAUUCAACGGAACAUCUUCAGAUGAGAGCAUCAUUAACGUGUCCACCAAAAACAGCGUCCAAUUGCAGUGUUUGCAAUACCUCCAGACCAACGAUAACACGCUAGAAUCAUUGAACCAGUUUCCCGUAAUCAAAAAGUUAUUCCUAAAAUACAAUACGCCUCUACCAUCGUCUGCGCUAGUCGAACGAUUAUUUUCUUAUGGUUCGAUGAUCAUGCGACCCAGAAGACGCAGCAUGAACGAUGACACGUUCGAAAAACAGUUACUGCUUAAAGCCAACACUGCAUUCAUAAACAUUUUACGCAGCAGUGAUCAUAUCUCAACAUGA